AUUCUUGCCCCCAUUUUUUUUCUACUUGACUCAGCGGCUCGAGAAACGCUAACACAUAUACAGCGCUUUCUAUGUCUCAGGCAUGUUAUAAGAGCUUUACAUUUUCCAUCCUUCUAACCCUUUAUUUGACACAGGAGGAAACUGAAGCAUAGGAGAUGCCCAGGUAAUGCAGCUCUGUGAAACAGCAAGGAUUAAACUCAGGCGUUCUGGCUCUAGAGUAUCUAUUCUUUACAUUAGAAUAAAAGAGUCGGAUAAUGCUGAAACAGCAUCGGAUCGUGAAACACUCUUACUGGUGGCAAAACACUUGGCUCUGGGAUCACAGUUUCUCCUUCUGUAAGACGGAGAUAAUAACGACGCUAGGAGUUUGGUGCAAAGAAGGAGUGAGAUAAUGAAUGCGAAAGCGAACUUCAAAUUAUGUAGGUGAGUCCACACACCAGUCUUUUGGAAUAAUAAGAACGGGAACUCAAGAAAUUGUAACGAAUCAGUCUAAGAAGCUUGUAGCGAGACUCCGCCCCUGACGCUCCUCCCUCCGCGAGCCGCAGGUGGGGCCGGCAGAUCGUCUUUGCGCAUGCGGGAACUGCUGCCCGCUCCCACCUCUAACCCAGGCUGAGAGUAGCUGCCGUUUCUGAGAGGACGAUUCGUAAGGAGGCCCCUGGCGCGGUUUCCCAUUGCUCGUCCCUCUGCGGGCUUUGGCCAUAGUUCAGCAGUGUCUAGAGGGUGGUCUGUUCUCGUCUACCUGCCUGACUUUCUGGAGAGGUACCUGUGGUUGGCCCAGUAGUCGGCUGUCGAAAGUGCCGGCCCCCGCGCCGGCGCCGGCUGCAGCCGGGUGGGAAGGCUCAAGAUGGCGUGCCUGUUGGAGACCCCAAUCCGCAUGAGCGUCCUCUCGGAAGUAACAGCUAGCAGUCGCCACUAUGUUGACAGGCUAUUUGACCCUGAUCCCCAGAAAGUUCUACAAGGUGUCAUAGACAUGAAAAAUGCUGUAAUUGGGAACAACAAGCAGAAAGCCAACCUCAUUGUUUUAGGAGCUGUUCCAAGAUUAUUGUACUUGCUUCAGCAAGAAACCUCAAGCACAGAAUUGAAAACUGAAUGUGCAGUGGUAUUGGGAAGUCUUGCUAUGGGUACUGAAAACAAUGUUAAGUCUCUACUAGAUUGCCAUAUUAUCCCUGCCUUACUGCAAGGACUACUGUCCCCAGACCUGAAGUUCAUUGAAGCUUGCCUCCGAUGCCUGCGCACCAUCUUCACCAGUCCCGUCACUCCAGAGGAACUACUGUAUACAGAUGCCACGGUGAUACCGCACCUCAUGGCGCUGCUUAGCAGGUCCCGCUACACCCAGGAGUAUAUCUGUCAGAUCUUCUCACACUGCUGUAAAGGUCCAGAUCAUCAAACAAUUUUAUUUAACCAUGGUGCAGUUCAGAAUAUUGCUCACCUACUAACCUCAGUAUCUUACAAAGUUCGAAUGCAAGCACUGAAAUGCUUCUCAGUUUUAGCUUUUGAAAACCCCCAGGUAUCGAUGACCCUGGUAAAUGUUUUGGUUGAUGGAGAGUUGUUACCACAGAUUUUUGUGAAGAUGUUACAGAGGGAUAAGCCCAUUGAGAUGCAGCUGACAUCGGCAAAAUGUUUAACUUACAUGUGUAGAGCUGGAGCAAUUCGGACAGAUGACAACUGUAUUGUAUUAAAGACAUUGCCUUGUUUGGUUCGAAUGUGCAGUAAGGAGAGGUUACUAGAGGAGAGAGUUGAAGGAGCUGAGACACUCGCCUAUCUGAUUGAACCAGAUGUUGAGCUGCAGAGAAUUGCUAGCAUUACUGAUCACCUCAUUGCCAUGCUUGCUGAUUACUUCAAGUAUCCCAGCUCUGUGAGUGCCAUCACUGAUAUUAAAAGGCUUGAUCAUGACUUAAAGCAUGCUCAUGAACUUCGCCAGGCUGCAUUCAAGCUCUAUGCCUCUCUCGGAGCAAACGAUGAAGACAUCCGGAAGAAGAUCAUUGAGACUGAAAAUAUGAUGGACCGAAUUGUGACUGGCUUGUCUGAGUCUAGUGUCAAGGUGCGGUUAGCUGCCGUCAGAUGUUUGCACAGUUUAUCUAGAUCUGUGCAGCAGCUUCGAACCAGUUUCCAGGAUCAUGCUGUGUGGAAACCUUUAAUGAAGGUUUUACAAAAUGCACCAGAUGAAAUCCUAGUAGUAGCAUCGUCCAUGCUGUGUAAUCUCCUUCUUGAAUUUUCUCCAAGCAAAGAGCCAAUUUUAGAAUCAGGAGCUGUAGAGCUACUUUGUGGACUAACCCAAAGUGAAAAUCCUGCUUUACGAGUGAAUGGAAUUUGGGCUUUAAUGAAUAUGGCAUUUCAGGCUGAACAAAAAAUAAAAGCAGAUAUUUUACGAAGCUUGAGUACUGAACAGCUCUUCCGGUUAUUAUCAGAUUCAGAUUUGAAUGUGCUGAUGAAGACAUUGGGACUUCUUAGAAACCUACUCUCUACUCGCCCUCACAUAGAUAAAAUAAUGAGUACUCAUGGAAAGCAAAUUAUGCAAGCUGUCACCCUUAUUUUGGAAGGGGAGCAUAACAUUGAAGUCAAAGAGCAGACACUGUGCAUCUUAGCCAACAUAGCAGAUGGGACAACAGCAAAAGAACUUAUUAUGACCAAUGAUGACAUCCUGCAGAAAAUCAAGUAUUAUAUGGUAGGCCUUUGUGCCUUGCAUGACUCCACUAGCUGCACAUUAGAAGGCGAGGACAGGGUCAUUCACAUGUCAAAUUGCAGCUUGCCGCUAUGUUUUGUAUAUCAAACCUCGUAUGGAAUGACGAGGAAGCACUGUUCCAGAGUACUGAGCGUGGGGAUUGGAGGAGACCCUAGAGAAGCCCUUGCCCUUGAGAGAGCUGAGAAGGAGGAUGGUGAGAUGCACUUGAAGAAGAUGAAAGGCUCACAAGAACGCCAGGAUAAAUUACGAGACAUGGGCAUCGUAGAUAUUCUACACAAACUGAGUCAGUCACCAGAUUCAAAUCUUUGUGACAAGGCAAAGACGGCGCUGCAGCAGUACCUGGCGUGAUGAGAACACCCCGGGCACCUGCGGGCAUCCCACAUCCUUGUUAAAGGAAGUACCGGAACUAGCCUCAUUUGAUUCCUUCUAUUUGCACAAGUCACCUUGGACUGCAGGGAGCUGUUUUGCAAAAGCAGUUUGGUAGGCUUAGAUCUCAAAUUCAUCUUGAGAACAUUUUUUUGAGGUAGUAAUUUCCUCAGAGGACUAUUGUGUUUUGUUUUGUUUCUUUCUGAGCUACCUGGACUCUUUAUUAGAACAAUCAAUUAUUUUCCUUUGGACCUACAGUUUUUUGCCUAUGCUGCAGCCACUUUGUGAGUGAGAAUGGAUGUGUGUCUGCACACACACAGAUGUGUGUGUGUGUGUGUGCGUGUGUGGAUGAAGGUCAGGAUGAAUGAAUAUGUGUAUGUGAGGGAUACCUCAAAGUUUUCUUUUCUUAUUUUGUGUGAAAAUCUCUUUUCUACAGAUUUUCCAGGGUUUAAGCAUUGCUUGCUGUAUAAAAAAAAAAAAAUUACUGAAUUAUAUACAGUUUGAAUGAAAUGUUAUUUUAAAAACAAAACAAUUGUUAAGUGUUCCAUAAAGUUUAUGUUGAAUUUUGGUCAGAUGAAUAUUUGUAAGUAAAAAAAUAUAUGCAUUUCUGAACCUCAACUUACAUAGAUUUUCUUUAUAAAAAAAAAAAAAACACACAAAAAAAAAAAAAAAAAAAUUAAAAAGAAAAGGUUGGCUAUAGUUGGCCUGAGUAACAGGCAUGAUAUAUGGUGCUGUGCAAAAUAGUAAGCUAGCAUCUUACUGCCGUCAAUAUCAGCAGGUACAGAGCCUCUUUUCAGACUAAUUCAAUAAGCUCUCAGGCUUCCAAGUCAGAUGGACAGGUUGGAGUGGAGGCGACAAAUACAGACAUCAAAGGGAAAUGUAACUACUGAUAGUGGAAACCCAGCCAUGACUGGUGGACUAUGCUUGGCAGGAACUGGGCACCAAGAGCCUCCCAGCUGCCCUAAACCCUGUCACUGGUGUAGCAGUAGAUGGCAGGAUUUAGAUCCAGUCAUGGAAGCUUGUGCUCCAGCUGAAGUAGGUCACCACUUCUUGGAAACAAAGUCCAAUCACCUUGUGCUUCCUGAAACAGCAUAUAUCACUGUGAAACUAAAGAAUGUCCUACAGACGCAUCUAUAGGAAGAAGCAGAGAACAGAAUAGUUUAGAAAGCUGUUUUUCUCUUGGCUGUACUCAGCAAAUUCUAUAUACUUGUCACUCAGGACUGCUAUUCAGUGUGUUUUUGUAAAGUGAGAUGGAAAUUUUAGUAAAUGAUAUGGCUAACAUCUUUUACUGCAUGAAGCCCAAAGCACUGAAGUUUGAGACAAGGGAAGGGGGUCCCCUUGGGAGGACCGAAGAUGACCGCUUUUUCCAAUCAGGACUGCUUUGCCCUUUGGCAGCCCUUAGCUUGGUACCUGCUCCAACUUCUGGGUCAGCUUCAACAUGAUUACUCCUGACUGUUUGAAGGUACAACCAACCUUCCAUUUCCCUUGGCUAUAAGAAGUUCAGAGGUACCGUGGCCAGGAAGCAGGGUCUAUGCUCAGAAGCUUGCCCUGAGUUUGUGCACCCGAUGGGCUCCCAAACCUGCCUGCCAUUCCUGAUGGAGCUGCCGGUGGUGCAGCCACUCCAUCACCAACCUGCUCCUUCCUUGGAAGAUUUAAAUAUGUUUGAUUGCAAAUGAAUGUUUUUAAAAUGUAUUUAAUGCCAUUUAUUUUUUUCUGUUCUCAACAUGACCACCCAAGAUUCAAACACAGAGAUUUCCAAGUUGUAUUUUUUCUUUCAGAACAUUACUGAUUUUAAAAUCUGUCCCAACAGGGACUUGGGUUUUGUGCAACCAUCAGAGUGCUAAUGUGCAGAAGCCAGUUUAAAGAAAAUGGAGUGUUCUGGGGGUAAAAGCCUUAUUUAGGCCCACUCACUGACAUUUCUAGUACUGAGAAAAUAUCCUUGGUUGGCAUUUGUAACACAAAACACUAUAGAGUUGGUAUUUUUAAGUACCAGGUAAAUAUAAAUAAACCAAUAAUGAAUUGCUGAGACAAUCUUGAACCCAGAUAGCGUUAGAAAGCUGAAAGCCCAAUGAAAUGACACUUUGACACUUAAACUCUGUGGAUAAAUCUUGCCUGUGGCUAUAAACAGAUGGUCAGAGGAAAAGUGCUUUAUGAUAAUUAACUUUUCUGAGUUGAAUGAAGGAAAAUGUAUUUAUUAAAACAAAGCUGUUGGCUGCUUUAUGCAGAUGCAGUGUUCUGUCUGCAAGGAAGUGGGGGGAAUGGAACGUGGGCUUGUGUCUCCACCCAAGUUCUUAACUAAGCUUCUCGCUCUAAUACUGCAUUCUGUUUCUCCGUUUGUGCCCUGAUUGUAACCCAAAAUUUAUGAACUAGAAAAGAAUGUCCAAUUUAAUAAGUUGCAUUUUUUUUCCUUAAGCACUUUAUGCAGAACAAUACGUGUUCUUCUGGUAGUGUUUGGAUAAUAUGAUUUUAACACAUGCUAAUAAAAGCCAAGAAAAAAGCA